UCGCCGAUGGAAUCAAGGAUGUGUAUCAUGGAUUCAUCAUUUACCAUCUUCACUUUAUAUUGAUGUUCGACGAUUUGGGCGCUGACUCAUUUCAAAAAUUUUGCUCUUUACCUCAUUCUGUGCUUCAAUUUCCCUUUUAAUGAAUAGAGAAAAAGUUCGCGCAGUGCACAAAUACCCAUAGCAGGAGCUGUGUAAGAAAUAAACUAACUUAAAUUAUUAGUUUCAAUUUUCCAGGGCUCGUUCAUCAGUAGUGUCAUCGACUGUACAAAACGAUUUUGUGUUUCUUCGCAUAUUUUAAUUUUUUUUAGUGUUGUUUUUCGACACAUUUCCUACCCACCGUCUGAGUGAUCUCACUUGCAAUAAAUACCUAAAAACAACUAGCUCUAGUAUAAAUGUACGAAUAUAUUGCUACCAUUUAAUUUAGUGUAAGUGCCUAUGAUCAAUAUGUUCAGUUCACGUCUAACUAAUGAUUUUAUUUCGUGUCCUCGUAAUGAUCAAACGUCGCGGCGUUUUUUCUUUCUUUUUUAAAUCAUUUUUAUAGUGCAUUAAUCGAAUUUACACGAUAGGACAGAAAGUGAUAAGAAAACUUUAGUAUCGAUAUAGAGUUUUUUUAAAGGAUGGCAUUGAACGAAAGUGUAAGCAUUCAAAGGACAUGUUGAUUAUUAUUCGAGCACUCAUUCUCUGGGUCCUCGGCUGCAAAAUGACGCAAAUUGCAACUCAAAUUCUGAACUCUGAGGAAGACAUCAUCGAAAAUGAGUGUUUUUUGGACAGCGAACAUUUCGAUACUUGUGUUGAUAUCAUUAUGUCGAAUGUGACGGCUCACCUCAACUCAACCGACGAGGGAAAUGAUGAAAUCCUCGGAAAGCGGAAACCUCUGAUGUUCGGCUUUGAGGAGACGGACUGCGAGAUGGAUGCCAAGGCCAAAGUUCAGAACGUCAUUCUUUGGUCCUCAAGAGAAGGGGAUCUGAUUGUUGAGGGCAAGAUUUCCACCACAAUGCCGUUGAAAUCACCAAUUAAGAUAAAAACGACGAUGCACCGAAAUAUCUUGGGUCUAUGGAUAAAGAUAGGCUGCCUGCGGGACUAUUUUGGAUCAUGUGAACUACAAGAUGUUUGUGAGUACGGGUCGCCGGGCAGCACGGAGGUCGAGUGUCCACCCUUGCUCCAGGAGCUGGAUCUUCCCUGUCGAUGUCCCAUCGAACCGGGCGAGUACACAGUGCCUGGCAUACAGAUUCGAAUGCCUACCACCUACUGGUCAUGGAUUCUUACAGGAGACUACAAAUUUUCAGCAGAGAUAUCAGAUGGCAGUCAAAGUAUAUCAUGUUAUAGCGCAAAUUUUGAGCUAGUUUAAUCAACAUAUGAUAACCGCCGCAAACGGGCUACUUAAGUUGGAAAAAAAAACAAAUCCAGGAAUAAAUAUUCUAUAAUGUUAUUACUUUCAAAACUUGUUGCUUUCCCAUGCUUGAUACAUGGAUAGCAUCUUGAAGAUACUUAUUAGGUUUCUGCUGAUAGCUUCAAUAGAGAAUUUGCAGGUGUCUGAAAUUUUAA